GUAGUUCUACAGUAGGGUAUGGUUCUGGAAUGGAAGAAAUAUGAUACACACGAUAAGCAUAUGGAACGUUUAUUUGAUUAUCAUAAAGCCGCACACGGCUAGGUUCGCUGCGCAUAUCGAUCGCGAUUUUGAAUCCCAGUGCGCUGUAUAUCGUUGGAGCAGAUAACAGAAAGCCGAAGCCAGCUAAUGACCGCAGAAAACAGAUGGCGGCCAGCGCUGACUACAAAAGGUGUUAGAUAGGUGUGAUCGAACGCAUGGAAAAGGCAUCAUAAGUAGUAUGAGGCGUAAAGCAAUUGACGACGUCAAGCUGUAUGCAGUGAUAAGAUAAUACCUGCUCCCACGAGGGCGAUGCCCUUAGGUUGAAACGGUUGAAGCGUCAUUAGAGGAACACUGGCAGCACCGCCAGAAUGAGACUAACGAUAUCCGAAAUUAUGAGCUUUGUGGCACUCCAGCCUGUGAUCAAGCACUCUGUUGGAAGUACUAGUAGACAUCCGGUGAGCAUGACAGCUGAUGGUCGUAGCGACUCAGUUCGGUUCAGUGAUGUCCCCCAUAUCUUCAAUGCAUGCGUUUUCCUGAAUCCUGAGCUCGCUGGCAGGGACUUGCAGCAGACUGACAGUACUUUACAAGUUGCACCUGGCGGCCUCAUAGUAGUUUUCCAACAGAGCCUCGACCUCACCGUGGCCUUCCAGUUCGCCGUUGGAUUCCUGGGAUCGCUGACCACUCACCAUAUCAUUUCUCUCGAGUACGUCACUACUAGCCUAGUGUAUCGAGCUGGGUUGCAGCAGUGUGGCAUCAUGUCUGACCUUGACGAGGCCAUUGAGCUGCAUCUGGAUGCAUUACUCCUCCGUCCCCCCGAUCAUCCAGAUCGAUCCAUGUCUCUGAGCAAUCUUGGUGCCAGUCUUCGAAACAGAUUUCAGCAGUGUGGGAUCAUGUCUGACCUUGAUGAGUCCAUUGAACUGCAUCGGGAUGCAUUACUCCUCUGUCCCCCUGAUAGAUUCGAGCAGCGUGGGGUAAUGUCUGAUCUUGAUGAGUCCAUCGAGCUGCAUCGGGAUGCAUUACUCCUCCGUCCCCGCGGUCAUCCAGAUCGAUCCAUGUCUCUCAACAAUCUUGCAAACAGCCUUCGAGACAGAUUCCUGCAGCAUGGGAUCAUGUCUGACCUUGAUGAGGCCAUCGAGCUGGAUCAGGCUGCAUUACUCCUCCGUCCCCGCAGUCAUUCAGAUCGAUUCUCAUCUCUGAACAAUCUCGCAAACAGCCUUGGAGACAGAUUCCUGCAGCGUGGGAUCAUGUCUGACCUUGAUGAGGCUAUCGAGCUGCAUCAAUAUGCAUUACUCCUCCGUCCCCGCGGUCAUUCAGAUCGAUCAUCAUCUCUCAACAAUCUUGCUAUCAGCCUCCGAGACAGAUUCGAACAGUGUGGGAUCACAUCUGACCUUGAUGAGGCCAUCGAGCUGCAUCGGGAGGCAUUACUCCUCCGUCCUUGCAGUCAUCCAGAGCGAUCCUCAUCUCUGAAUGAUCUUGCACUUAGCCUUCAAGACAGAUUCCACCAGCGCGGCGUCCAGUCUGACAUUCAUGAAGCAUUUAGCUUAUAUUCUCAACUCUCCCACCUAUCACAUGCAGCAUCUCGCUCAGAUCUUCGUGUUGCUAAAUCAUGGGUGGCCUUCGCUGACACCCUCAAUCACGCAUCUGCAUUGCUUGCCUAUAAGACUGCACUGAAAUUCCUAGAUCAGCAGGUUGCUCUCUUGUCGCCUUCUUUCCAUCAUUUCGACGUCUUCACUCUUCAGGGAGGCUGUUUCUUCCCUCGCCACAGAUGCUUUUUCAUGCAGUUGGAGCUGGUGGAGCAAGGUCGUGCAGUGUUCUGGACCCAGUUGGCACGCUUCAGCAUGCCGCUGGAUGAACUUUCUGUUUCAGUUUCACGCAUCCGCAAGCUACCUGACUUUUCUCGGUUUCUCCUCCCUCCCCUUUUCUCCGACCUACAGAAGGCAGCUGAAGACGGUCCUGUCAUCAUUGUUAAUACUAGUCAGUAUCGCUGCGACACCUUGAUUGUCCUGAGCAACCAAAAUCCUGUCCAUGUGCCAAUCGGUAUCACGCACACUGAAGUUUCUGAUUUAUCCUCCAAGUUUCAGUCCCUUUCAAAACAAUUUGGUUCUCUUGAUGCUCAACUCAAGCUUGUCAGCAUCCUUCGUAAACUUUGGCAUGGUGUUGUUGGCCCCGUAGUACAAGCCCUUAAGGUAUCAAAUAUUUGCCCUGGUUCGCGUAUUUGGUGGUGUCCCACUGCUGAGUUUGCGCUGCUUCCUCUACAUGCAGCAGGAGCUUAUGAGAAGAAGAGAGAUUGUUUGUCUCACAUCUAUAUCUCCUCGUAUACCCCCACUUUGGCAACUCUUGUUCGUGCGAGAAAGCAGGUUUCACGAGAUGGGUCCCCGCAACAUUUUGUUGCCAUUGGUCAAGGAAACCCCGAUGGAGGGAAGCCACUUGAAUGUGUAGCUCCCGAGAUAGCAAUUGUCGCCAAGUGUCUCGCACCCGCUGUGUCGUCCUUCACAUCGCUUGAGGACAGCAACACACACCUCAGGCAGCAGUUCUCGGUACUAUUAAAGCACACCUUCCUUCCUCCAGAAUUCUCCUGCAGCGCCUCCCUUGAGCCUCGUAGCCCUCUCCUGACCCUCUGGAUAUUCUGUACAUCAUCUGCAAUGCUCUGCGAUUCCUCGCCGACAUCGUCAGCAUCCCCGUCCCAGGACUACUUAAUGUCACUUCAGUCUCACACCAUUUCGAGUCGCAAGUCCUUGUGCUUGAACAUCCAUCACUCAUCCACUGUCCUGCUCAUGAGGUUAGCUUCCACCUUCCAAUGCUAUCCACCUGCGAUAUGGCUGAUUGAGGGCAAGAGGGCACAAGUGUAUCCUCAGCACUGCCUCGUCAACGCUUGGACACCCGCUAUCAUCAUGCCCACCCUCUCGUCACCCAUCAUCCCGCGCAGCACUGUGCAUGCCACUUAUGUUACAUAUGCUCAGUUUCUACUUCUAUAUGAUUUAUAUUACUGCAGUAAGGUGAUAUUGAGUAUGAGACAGUGGAAAGCAGUGGCUUCAAGCAAUGCGGGAGGGCAAACUUGUCGACGCACUGAGACAAGUUUCGGUCCUACUAGCCAGCUUCAAACUGUUGAAAGACCAUCAAAAGAUGUUUUUAUGCUGAUGUCUUCCUCCUUCAACAACCGCUACAUCAUAUCAAUACCCAGCUCAACCUUCAACUCUCCCUCUCCGACAUAG